CGCAGAUAAAGAGAAAGGAACGGUUACGAUCGCUUACCGACGCAAAGGACGGUGGCGAUGGGCUCACGCAAGACGAGCAAUGGCGAUGGCGGAUCCUGGGUAUCGAUGGCGCUCGAGACGGUGCUUGCCUUCGCAGGGGUGGUGACGAUGGUCCUGGCGCUCCGCCUUGUGGGCCCUACCGUCGUCUGGUUCCUGGCCGCCGAGGUCCCCAGGGCGUACGCCUCCGCCCUGGCUUGGCUCCGGCCGCCCUACAUUUACCUCGUCAUCAACGGCAUCAUCGUCACCAUCGCCGCCUCCUCCCGCUUCCAGAAGCACCCCGCCGCCGACCCCUCGACACUCCCGGUGAUGAAUCUCGCGGAGGUCCAGGCGCCGGAGUAUGAGAUGAAGCUUGCGGAGGACGAGCCGCGGAGGGAGUUGUCCGGCCGCGCGAAGGUGGAGGAGGAGUUCGUAAUAUCGACGUCGAGUUGGUCGCCUAAGAGGAGGAGAGGGUCUCUGGCGGAGAUGCCAACGGAGUCUUCGGUCGCCGCGGAGGCGAAACCGCUGCUUUCCACCCGGUUCGGCCACCCGAAGGCCGCCGAGCCCAGCGCCGACGGGAAGGCGCUCGGGUUGGAGCGGCGGAAUGAGACUCUCGAGAGCACGUGGCGGACGAUCACGGAGCGGCGGGCGCGCCCGGUCAAGAAGUCCGACACGUGGGACACUCGCAGCGGCGUUUGCCGGGAGGAGCCUGCAGCGGCGAUGCGGAAGUCGGAGACGUUGAUCGAGGCGGCGGGGGCGGGGGCGGCGUCGAGGGAGAGGCCGAGGAGGGAGGCGUCGAAGGGGCAGGAGGAGCUGAACCGGCGGGUGGAGGCGUUCAUCAGGAAGUUCAACCAGGAGAUGAGGCUGCAGCGGCAGGAGUCGCUGAAGCACCACAUGGAGAUGAUCAACCGCGGCAACCAUUAGAGGAGGAGACCAACCUUGGGCAAGGAAUUACUACUACAAGCAUGUCCCUUUUCUGAUGAUACUGAAAGGAUUAAUUGGGGCGAGGGAUGGUGUUGAUCCAAAGUCCUCUAUUUAAAUUUUGGAUCACCUAAGAAGAUACUGCAUUAUCAUUAAAUUGCAUCUAUGUUGCAAUUCUCUGCAACUCAAAA